CCUACAAGCCCGUGAUAGUCGCUUUCCUUUUUGCAAGUGUCAACAAACGUGGCCUCCCCAAACUACAGAGAAACAGAGAGAAAUACGAUUCUCUCGCUCUCUUCCUGAUUGAUCUGAGUGAUAAAAUUGUAGAAAGUUGGUUAGGAGAGAAUAGGAUGGUGGAGACUGAGACAGAGAAAAGUCAGAACCCGUGGAUGGACGGUCAGGAUUCGGCGGUGGAGAGCAGAGUUGAAGAGGUGGGAUUGGGUUCAACUGCAACGCAGAGUUCUACUUCGGAUGUGACUUUGGGGUUCGGAGAGCGAGCUGUCUCCGCCGCCGGCGCCGCUUUUCUCUCUGCUAUUAUCGUCAACCCUCUCGAUGUAGUCAAGACGAGGUUGCAAGCACAGGCUGCAGGGGUUGCUUACUCACAUCCACUGAGUAACAUUAUGAAUCGAAUGGCAUAUUUUGGACCCAAAACGAUGUUUGCAGAUCUAAGAUGUUCCCCAUCAUGCACACGUGCUGGAAUUCAUGGUACUGUAGCUUUAUGUCCUCCAGAUUGUUUUCAAUACAAAGGAACGCUGGAUGUCUUCUACAAAAUUGUAAGACAGGAAGGAUUUGCCAGGCUAUGGAGAGGCACAAAUGCAGGUCUAGCACUUGCUGUACCAACAGUGGGAAUCUACCUACCUUGCUAUGACAUUUUCCGAAAUUGGUUUGAGGAACUUGCUUCCCAGAAUGUUCCAACUUUGACUCCAUAUGCCCCUUUAGUUGCAGGCGCGUUGGCACGCUCCUUAGCUUGUGCAACUUGUUAUCCUAUUGAACUUGCUAGAACUCGCAUGCAGGCAUUUAAGGUUACCCAAACUGGUAUGAAGCCUCCUGGAGUCUGGAAGACUCUUCUUGGGGUCAUCUCUCACGUCAAUGGCACUGGUGUUCAAAACAAUUUUCAAGGUUAUCGUGUUCUUUGGACUGGCAUGGGAGCACAGCUUGCUCGUGAUGUUCCGUUCUCUGCAAUCUGUUGGUCAACUCUUGAACCAAUUAGGAGAAAACUCCUUGGUCUGGUGGGGGAUGAAGCCAAUGCAGUCAGUGUCCUUGGGGCAAAUUUUUCUGCCGGUUUUGUUGCAGGAAGUCUUGCAGCUGCUGCCACAUGUCCUCUAGAUGUUGCAAAAACUCGAAGGCAGAUAGAGACGGAUCCAGUCAGGCAAUUGAGCAUGACAACAAGGAAAACACUUCUGGAGAUUUGGAGGGAUGGAGGGAUGAAGGGUCUAUUUACUGGAGUUGGUCCUCGUGUUGGUCGUGCAGGCCCUUCAGUUGGGAUUGUGGUUUCAUUUUAUGAAGUUGUAAAAUAUGUUCUACAUCAACACUAUGCAACUUCAUAAUAUAGGCGGGAAAUGUUCUUUUUAUCCAGUUUUGACUUUUUCACUGCUAGCCCUCUUUGUGGAAGUCCUCGAAGCAAUUUUGGUAACUUGGCGAGAGAGCGACUUGACCAGAAAGCAUAGAAGUUUUUGUUCUGUGGAUAUCAUAGUAUGCAAAUAAUAACAUGCAGUCUUGAUUCUUGUCCAUGGUAGAUCCUCUUCUACAGGCCUUGAAAGGCAGAAAUGAACUUCUCACCACACUGUUUUGGUUCUUAGUUUGUAAUUUGUAGCUCGGUUUGAGCAGAAAUUUUGUAACAUUUGGGUUUUAUUCCCCAUUCAAUGUUUUUUUUUCCUGAGAUUAUCUCAGUUUGCUAAUACCAAUCUCUUUCAUACUCGUGGUUG